AUGAACACCAUUGUGUUUAACAAGCUGAGCAGCCAGGUCCUGUUUGAGGAGAAGGCAAAAGAGGUCGAAAUGAGCAGCAGAAAUUACCUAGAAGUCAUCGACGGGCAACAUCCAGACCUCCUCUCCAGCAACCAGACCAUCAGAGACAACCAGGCCAUCAGACACAGGCGGAGCGGAGGUCGUCCCAGCGGCGGUAAAGUGCGACACAAGCGCCAGGCCCUGCAGGACAUGGCGAGGCCGCUCAAGCAGUGGCUCUACAAGCACAGAGACAACCCCUACCCCACCAAGACGGAGAAAAUCCUGCUGGCCCUCGGCUCACAAAUGACCCUGGUGCAGGUCUCCAACUGGUUCGCCAAUGCCAGGAGGCGGCUGAAGAACACGGUGAGGCAGCCAGACUUGAGCUGGGCGCUCAGGAUCAAGCUCUACAACAAAUACGUGCAGGGCAACGCCGAGAGGCUGAGCGUCAGCAGCGACGACAGCUGCUCAGACGAUGGGGACAACCCUCAGAGGACACAGAGCCGCCCCGAGGAGCUCAACAAGCCCAUGUACCAGAGUGUCAUCAAGAAGGAGGGCUCCUCCAUGGUGGGCAUGGGCAUGGCCAUGGGCAUGGGUAUGGGCAUGGGCAUGGGCAUGGGAGCAGGGCUGCGCUCGGCCGCCGAAGCCGCCUCACUGGCCGAGGACUACGUGUCUCCGCCCAAGUACAAGAGCAGCCUGCUUCACCGCUACCUGAACGACUCUCUGCGCCACGUCAUGGUGGCCAACGCCGUCAUGGACGCGCGCAAGAGGAACCACUCCGGCUCCUUCAGCUCCAACGAGUACGACGACGAGCUGCUCUCGCCGUCCUCCUCUGAGGCUGAGGCGAAUUUUGUUUAUCGGGCUGAAACCACAGACCAUGGAUCAAGUAAAUGUGACAAUGGAAGCGGUGGCGUCGGAACUGCGCAGAAGGUGAAGGGCAAAGACGAGACGUACUGGAAGGAGAUCAACGCCGCCAUGGCCUUGACCAACUUGGCGCAGGGGAAGGACGGCGUCUCCGGAACCACCAGCUGCAUCAUCCAGAAGUCCUCCCAUAUAGCAGAGAUCAAGACUGUUAAAGUGCCGCUGAUGCAGAAAUAUUAGCCCCUGACGUCAUUCUCCCGUCUCUCUAUGCAAACCAGCAAACAUUCCUGUUUCAGCAAACUCG